CUCGUGUCUGGCCAACAACCGACUAGCGCACAGGCAUUAUGAUCGCAGCGGGCGCGAUCGUUCUCUCAGUUUGUAGCUGGAACUGAAACACGUUGGACGUUGAACGCCUCCCUUCGCGCUGGUCAUCUUACCAAACGAUCAUACAUCAUGGUCGCGUCAUCAUCAUCAUCAGAGCUUUUAGCCUAGCGGGAUAGUGCAUAAUUUAUUGAAACAAAUAGUGAGAAGUGAACGAUUAAGCACAGCAGAAGUAGAAGAUUAGCAACAGUGUGUGCGUUUCGCUCGAAUUUAUUGUGAAACAACCGUUCUGCACCUCCCAAGAAGAAGUUCUGUUAGUUAAGCAGCGGCGGCGGCAAAAGCAACAGUAGCUGAAGCAUGGGAACGAAGAUAGAGUAUGUCGAUUCGAGCCACAUGUACGCGACCAACUAUAUCAGAAACUCGAAGGCGAUCGCUGUGCUGUGGGCAAUCUUUAGCAUUUGCUACGCGAUCAUCAGUGUUGUGGCGUUUGUCACACCCGAAUGGGUCGGCGAUUCGGACUCGGAUGCCGGCGGCCGGCUCGGACUGUGGCAGAUUUGCCAGAAAGACGACCUCAACGACAGCUGCAGCGGCAAACUCGAAGACUUACUGGCGAUGCAGUCCAUAGCGUUCCAGGUGGCCACAGUUUUCUGCGGUUUGGCCGUCGCCACAUCGGUGCUAGCGAUCUGCUGUCUGCUGUUGAUGGUUUUAAUGAAAUCGACCACCGUUUUUCACAUUUGCGGCUGGAUGCAAAUGCUUUCCGCCUUGUGUAUGGUGAUCGCUUGUGUAUCGUUUCCUUUUGGUUGGAAUUCGGACGAGUUCCGGAAAAUCUGUGGACCCGAGUCGAAUCGCUUUGAAGUGGGCCUAUGCGGGUUGCGGUGGGCCUAUCCAUUGGCGAUCAUUGCUUGCAUCGAUGGAUUCAUCCUUGCCACCCUGUCGUUCAUUCUGGCAACGCGACACGUUCGACUGCAGCCGGAGCCGCAGUACCAGAGCAGCAUGUACAAAGGUGAAAUCAACAACGCCUACGUUACAGAUGCCGUUAGUAUCGCCGGUUCGCGCAAGUCGUUGAACUUGCAGCCGGUCCUGUUGGUGGCACCACCCCAUCACCACAUGAUGACCGGCAACGAUACGCUGUCGAGUCGGACUGCCAGCCGUUACGGAGGACCCCGGCCGGACUACCACAGCUCGCUGCAUCAGUUUCAGCUGUAGUUGGCGAGCGGACGAUUUACCCUUGCUGUGGUGAUAAAUGCUUGCUUCUGCUGUAUAGAAAAGGCGGUAGGUUUGUAGACUGUAUAAGCGUUGUGGAAGUUAUGGAACAUUAUUUCGCAGCGUGGAAAAUUCAAUUUUAAAUACGUGAUUUUCCGACAUUUAAGCAGGUGGAACAUAACUUCUGUAACGCCAUUAACGUUAGAAUUGCACAAAGACGUAAGGCGACCCGAUAUCAUAGUUACGAAGCGUUACACGGAAUUGUAUACAACAAGUUGUAUACAAUAUUGAAUGAAACUUUCCUUAGCCCCCACGAGGAACAGUGUUGGAAGAUAGUAACGAAUUAUUGCAUUUUACUUAUUUCCGAUUCGGAAAACAAAUCCACUCUUCGUAGACUUUUUCUGAAUGUAAACUAUUUUCUGAACACUCAAAAUACUCGUUUCAAAUUGUGCUCGAAGCAUAGUAUUUGCUCUUUUCUACAAUUGUUAUCUAGCAUUUUAUUUUAGUUUAGGUAUUUUAGCAUCAAAUAUACGAAAUUUUAAUUUUUAA